AUGGGGGAAUGGGUUGAUGGAGUGUGGGUGUGGAAGUUAGAGUGGAAUCGGGAGAUUCGAGACAGAGAUGCACAUCAUAUUAAUAACCUUCAAGUUUUUCUUGAUGAUUAUUCUGUAAAAGUUGGCGAAGCAGAUGGCUGGAAAUGGAAGCUUACUUCAAAUGGAAUUUUCAAUGUCAACUCCGCUUACAAAGCGAUCUGCCAUCACUCCUGCUCAAACACCCAACAAAUUUAUAUUCCAGAGUGUAGUAGUAUUUGGAAAUCAGCAGCCCCUUACAAGGCGAAGGUUACAGCCUGGAGAAUCCUGAUGGGUAGGAUGCCUACUUGUGAUAAUUUGAUCAGAAGACAGAUCGAAAUUCCUGCGCCGGAAGCUGUCUGUGUGUUCUGUCAAAACCAGGUGGAAACCUGUAACCAUCUGCUUUUCUCCUGCAACAAAUCCGCCGAAAUCUGGUACGACGUUAUCUUUUGGCUUGGUAAAAAAUCAGUUUUUCAUUGCUCUGCUCGGGAACAUUUCACGGCUUUCAUGAACAUUGGAGAUAAGGGGGAUGGUUAUUUUCUGAGAAGUGUUUGGCUCUGCAUUGUUUGGUGCAUUUGGAAGUGUCGAAACGAAUGCAAAUUCAACCAGGGUCAAUGGAACAAAGACAAAAUGAUCCGAGAGAUUAAGACGAGGCUAUGGACUUGGAAGACGGCUUACAACCUGAAAAACUCUACUGGCGAUUUCAGAUCUUGGUUUUCAGGUUUUGGUAUUCUUGGAUAA